GGGGCCUGAGCUGCCGGGUAUCCCGUGUCCGCUGCCGCCGCUGUCCCCUGCGUCCGCCACUUCCUGGGCCGUAGUCCCGGGCAUGGAGCCGCGAGCUUGAGGCGCCGCUGGCUCCGGGACGCCCUGCCCAGCCCGGCCCUCGCCCCGCGCCGGCCCCGAGCCCCGGUCUGUGUCCCACGUCUGCAGCUGGAAUGGAGGCUCUCUGGACCCUUUAGAAGGUUCACCCACCCUGAGGUCAGCCGAGCGGUUAAUGCGGAAGGUUAAGAAAGUGCGGCUGGACAACACAAACACAGCACGUUGCAGAAGCUUCUCGCUGAAUUCCGAGGGGGCGGAGAGGAUGGCCGCCGGGGCGCAGACACGCGACCGCGACCGGGGCGACGCAGUCGAGAUGGGGGAGCCGGCCGCCCGCUUCCAGGUGCAGAAGCGCUCGUGGGACGGCCUCCGGAGCAUCAUCCACGGCAGCCGCAAGAACUCGGGCCUCGUCGCCAACAAAGCGCCACACGACUUCCAGUUUGUGCAGAAGACGGACGAGUCGGGCCCCCACUCCCACCGCCUCUACUACCUGGGGAUGCCCUACGGCAGCCGAGAGAACUCCCUCCUCUACUCCGAGAUCCCUAGGAAGGUCCGGAAGGAAGCGCUGCUGCUCCUGUCCUGGAAGCAGAUGCUGGAUCACUUUCAGGCCACGCCCCACCACGGGGUCUACUCCCGGGAAGAGGAACUCCUGCGGGAGCGGAAGCGCCUGGGCGUCUUCGGCAUCACCUCCUACGACUUCCACGGCGAGAGCGGCCUCUUCCUCUUCCAGGCCAGCAACAGUCUCUUUCACUGCCGGGACGGCGGCAAGAACGGCUUCAUGGUGUCCCCCAUGAAGCCCCUGGAAAUCAAGACCCAGUGUUCCGGGCCCCGGAUGGACCCCAAGAUCUGCCCCGCCGACCCCGCCUUCUUCUCCUUCAUCAACAACAGCGACCUGUGGGUGGCCAACAUCGAGACGGGCGAGGAGCGGCGGCUGACCUUCUGCCACAAGGGCUUGUGCAGUGUCCUCGACGACCCCAGAUCCGCGGGUGUAGCCACCUUCGUCAUCCAGGAAGAAUUUGACCGCUUCACCGGCUACUGGUGGUGUCCCACAGCCUCCUGGGAGGGUUCAGAAGGCCGCAAGACGCUGCGGAUCCUGUACGAGGAAGUGGACGAGUCCGAGGUGGAGAUCAUUCACGUGCCCUCUCCCGCGCUAGAGGAGAGGAAGACGGACUCCUACCGGUACCCCAGGACAGGCAGCAAGAAUCCCAAGAUCGCCUUGAAACUGGCUGAGUUUCAGACCGACAGUCAGGGCAAGAUUGUGUCAACGCAAGAGAAGGAGCUGGUGCGGCCCUUCAGCACGCUCUUCCCGAAGGUGGAGUACAUCGCCAGGGCCGGCUGGACGCGCGACGGCAAAUAUGCCUGGGCCAUGUUCCUGGACCGGCCGCAGCAGCGGCUCCAGCUCGUCCUCCUGCCCCCGGCCCUGUUCAUCCCCACCGCCGAGAGCGAGGAGCAGCGGGCAGCCUUCGCCAGAGCCGUGCCCAGGAACGUCCAGCCGCACGUGGUGUACGAGGAGGUCACCGACGUGUGGAUCAACGUUCACGACAUCUUCUAUCCCUUCCCCCAACCAGAGGGAGAGGACGAACUCUGCUUCAUCCGCGCCAACGAGUGCAAGACCGGCUUCUGCCACUUGUACAAAGUCACUGCCGUUUUGAAGCCCCGAGGCUACGACUGGACCCAGCCCUUCAGCCCCAGGGAAGAUGAAUUUAAAUGCCCCAUCAAGGAGGAGGUCACGCUGACCAGCGGCGAAUGGGAGGUUUUGGCAAGGCACGGCUCCAAGAUCUGGGUCAACGAGGAGACGAAGCUGGUGUACUUCCAAGGCACGAAGGACACGCCCCUGGAGCACCACCUCUACGUGGUCAGCUACGAGUCGGCCGGUGAGAUCGUGCGCCUCACCACGCCCGGCUUCUCCCACAGCUGCUCCAUGAGCCAGAACUUCGACAUGUUCAUCAGCCACUACAGCAGCGUGGGCACGCCACCCUGCGUGCACGUCUACAAGCUGAGCGGCCCCGAUGACGACCCCCUGCACAAGCAGCCCCGGUUCUGGGCCAGCAUGAUGGAGGCGGCCAGCUGCCCCCCGGAUUACGUGCCCCCAGAAAUCUUCCAUUUCCACACGCGCUCGGAUGUGCAGCUCUACGGCAUGAUCUACAAGCCACACGCCGUGCAGCCAGGGAAGAAGCACCCCACCGUCCUCUUCGUGUACGGUGGCCCGCAGGUGCAGCUGGUCAAUAACUCCUUCAAAGGAAUCAAGUAUUUGCGGCUUAACACUCUCGCGUCUCUGGGCUAUGCCGUGGUCGUGAUUGAUGGCAGGGGCUCCUGUCAGCGGGGGCUCCGAUUUGAAGGGGCCCUGAAAAACCAAAUGGGCCAGGUGGAGAUCGAGGACCAGGUGGAGGGCUUGCACUUCGUGGCCGAGAAGUACGGCUUCAUUGACCUGAGCCGGGUUGCCAUCCACGGCUGGUCCUAUGGAGGCUUCCUCUCCCUCAUGGGGCUGAUCCACAAGCCCCAGGUGUUCAAGGUGGCCAUCGCAGGCGCUCCGGUCACAGUCUGGAUGGCCUACGACACAGGGUACACAGAACGCUACAUGGACGUCCCAGAAAACAACCAGCUUGGCUACGAGGCGGGUUCCGUGGCCCUGCACGUGGAGAAGCUGCCCAAUGAGCCCAACCGCCUGCUCAUCCUGCACGGCUUCCUGGAUGAGAACGUGCACUUUUUCCACACAAACUUCCUCGUCUCCCAGCUGAUCCGAGCAGGAAAGCCUUACCAGCUCCAGAUCUACCCCAACGAGAGACACAGUAUUCGCUGCCCCGAGUCCGGCGAGCACUAUGAAGUCACGCUGCUGCACUUUCUACAGGAGCACCUCUGAGCCCGCGGGCCGCCACACGCGGAGCUUGCACAGUCAGAGCCCAAGUGGCUUCGCCGCCGCCGCCGUUGCAGGAGGGGGGUGGGGGACGAGGCAGGAGGGACUGAGCGGCCCCACAGGCCCUGUGCAGCGCCUCCUCCCACCGACCCCGCGCCCGACCGCCUGCCCGACCGCCUGCCCCGGGAGCUGCCGCCUUCACCCCAACGCCUUUUACUGUUUUCGUUAACGCUCCUGGAGUCUCUGCCUGCUGCUUCUUCGUGGCCAGGAUGGAGAGAUGAGGCCAACGUCCACGAGGCACGUUCCUCCUCUCCCUGUCGUCCAGGAGCAGGAGCCUCAACUCCACUGGGCACCGGAGGCCAGAAGAGACUCGGAGGAGCCGGGCCUUUGCCCCGGGGACCCCCAGGCCCAGCCCGGCCACCGGCACAGAGCAUGCGUCGCCUUUCCUCCCCACCCGCCCACUUCAUAUUUGUGUUUCGUUUUGUUUUUCUUUGGGGUGGGGGGUGGGCAUUUUUCUUAAUUAUUUAAAAGAAAGCAAGGGGUGCCUAAAUCUAGAUUCGGGGUCUGCCGCCGGGCCACAGGGUUCACCCCAGCCAGCACCCAAAGCCCACAGCGGGAGUCGUGCCCGGCAGGCCGUGAGCGGUGCGCAGGGCAGCGGGGCAGCCGUCCGGCCCGGCUUUCAGGCAGGCUCUGAAGCGCGCCCAGCCCCAUUCUCGCCCUCUGGCCACACGUUUCUGCCUGGCCCGGCCGCCCAGACCGGGGUUCCAGGGCUGGGAGUGGAACCCUCCCCGCCUCAGGGUUAUCCUUACUCCUUCCUUUUCCUCCCGCCAAGAGUUCUGCCACGGGCGCGGAGGGAAAAAAACAAAACAAAAAAAACCACAAAAAAAACCCCCACCAGAGACGAACCACCUCUACACAUUAUGAAAAGAAAAUAUUUUUGUCGAUUCUUAUUCUUUUAUAAUUACGCGUGUAAGAAGUAGACUCAUUAAACGAUGCCAGAUGGAAGCGUC